GCAGUGUAACAUAUGUCAAAUGUUUGGACAUGCAGAAAGUGUCUGCAGAUGGAAGGACCCGAGAUGUGGGACGUGUGGGGGAAACCACUUUGAUGGAGACUGUAUAGCAGAAGAGAAUUACAGAGGAAUAAAGUAUUGUAACUGUGGUGGAGAACAUGAGGCGACAUUCCUUGGAAAGCCCAUAUAGGGUGAAAGAGAUGGAGGUGGCCAAAAUCAGGGAAUUCAGUCUGUCUCCUAUGCGGAGGCGGUAGAAAGGAUAGAAAAAGUAGAAUAUCCGAUGUUGUCAGGUAGGCCUCUGCAGGCUGCAGAGUUGGCCUCCCACCGGCAGGAUCCAGAUAUGCUGUAUGUAAAGAAGGUGGACGUUGUGGUUUUUAUGGCAAUGGUGAUCAAUGGCACAGCUAAUGUGGAGGGAAAGUCAAGGAAGAUGGGCAUUAUUGUGGAUGCGGCAGGUGGUUUGACGUUUGAAGAACUGAAGGAGAGAGAAAUAACAUCAAAAACAUCUCCCACUCUCACCGUGUGCAGUUUCCUUUUUUCACCCCUGUACAGUUGGUGGCGGUAAUGCACCAUCAAUAUUGGAUGCCAACCGCCGUUAAACCCCACUUAAGAAGAAGUAGUAAACGGAAGUGAACCACAGUGACCAUGAACAAUUUCUUAGACGUUUAUUAACACCCUGGAUUUCAAAAUAUGAGUAGUCAUAACUGCACAGCAUCACAUUCUCACCCCAUAUAGAGUAUAAUUCGUGUUGGAGACGAUUUAGUUGAUAGAAGGUAUAUAGGUAAAGCUAGCUACUAACGUUCGCUAACAAUGGCUAACUGUAUGGUGUUCCACACUCAAAUAGCCUCCAUCAUGGAGGUGCUAGCGAAUGCAGCCGUUGCAGAGAUCUGUAAACUCGUAGACGACGACUAUGCAGUGUUUCGUUUGGAAAUAACUCAAAGCCAGAAAGAAAACAGGACAUUGCGGAGAAAACUACUGGAACUGAAGGUGGCACGGGAGCGCGCAGAGAGAACAAUGCCAGAACGCUUCCUCUCCAGUCGUCCCAGUAGUGUCAAGAUCCUCGACCGAUACAGAGGAAUGGCAAGAGGUGAAGGACAUCUCACUGGAGGCCACAGGAGCUUUGUGAAGCCAGCGGGACACAAUACAUGGAGAGAUGACCAACCAAUCACUGUUGAUGAGGGGAGUGGAACCUCAACCCAGCAUAUUAUCGUGAUAGAAUCUGCAGAUGCAGAGGCUGCAGGUCCUGGGGUCAAGCAGGAGAGGUCUGAAGGAAAGGAGGACCCACAGCAUAGCAGAGACAUCCAGACUGGUGCGGCUAGAGAGCCCCCUGUAGCCACGGAUGAACCCACCACUGCCCCAGUGCAUCCCAGGACCCAACGAAGCAGCACGGAGGUCAGUGGAACGCUGAACGCCGUCCUCAAGUCAGACACGAAGACUUUAACGGGCCUGGGGCGACUGGGCUGUCCUCCUGCUCCCUGCACAGAGUAUUUACUUUACGGUAGCUCGAGGACGGUUCUGUCCCAUCAGGACUCAGGUGACGCUUUACAGACUCACAAUGAUCCGUCCUGUUCAUAUGCUACAGAGACACAGAUGAUAUCUGGUGACUUGCCUGUGGGCUUAGAUACACAGACUAAUCCAAUGAGGGGGGACUGGAACCAGUACAGUAGUAGUGUGUACUCUGAAGGGUUCCUAGAUAAGAAAGAGGAGGAUCUGGUCGUAGAUGAGGUGACUGUGAAAGUGGAGAGCGAUGCUCCUCUGACAUGGAAUGCAGACGAGACUCACUUAGGAAAAGGACACUCGCAGGGCAACACAAGUGACUUCUUAGACUACAGGGAAAGCUUAGAGACAAAUCUAAAUGUCGCAACCCAGUCCCCUUUACACCGAGUGACCAUGUUGAUGGCACCUUCCAAUUCACAAGGCAGCGUCCUUUUCGAACAGGUAUCGAACUCAAAUGAUCAAAAGGCCAAGGAGCGGGAAGGGGCAGCAACAACCGGUGGUAAAGAGAAGCGGUUCCUCUGUAUGUUCUGUAACAAAGGCUUCAGCUGUUCCCAGAAGGUGGAGAUCCACCAGAGGGUCCACACAGGGGUGAAACCCUUCACCUGUACCCAGUGUCACAUGCGCUUUGCCCAUGCGGGCAACCUGAAGAGGCACCAGAGGGUCCACACAGGGGUGAAACCCUUCAGCUGUACCCAGUGUCACAUGUGCUUCGCCCAGGCUGGUGACCUGAAGCGGCACCAGAGGGUGCACACAGGGGAGAAACCCUACAGCUGUACCCAAUGUCCAAUGCGCUUCGCCCAGGCAGGUGACCUGAAAAGGCACCUGAAGGUCCACACGUGAGAAGGCCAUUUGCUGGGUACGCACUGCAGGAAGAGGUUCUCGGAAAGGAGCUACAUCAGGAUACACCAGCAGAAAAACCACUCCACUCCAUAUCUUCUGACAUUUAGAUCAAACCCUGCAUUAAAGACAAAGAUUCAUUUUGAUUGUUGUCAACAGAAAAGAUCCGCAGAUGCUUUUGGAAUAACGAGAGUAACCGAUUUCAGUGUUGAAUAUUCCUGAAUAGAAUAUUGCAUCCAGACAUUGUGAUAUAUAAGCCUAAAAAGUCUGUUACAUAUUGUGUUUGUACUGUGUAGGCUAUAUGAUGUCUGCAAAUGCAUGUUUCAUUACUUCCAUCCUCAAUACAUUUUUUCCCAAGACACUUUUAAUAAAAAAAUGAAGUUCAUGCAGUUUUUACGUGUGGUAUUCAUAUGGUGUGUUUGACACUUGUUUAUUAAACAAAAUUUGACUUUU